UCCGGUCGGCGGCGGCCCAACCAGGCCCGCCGAACUCAGGGCGGCUGGGAGCGCGGCCUCUGUGAUAGGGGCCCUCCCGCCGAACCGGUGACCCAAGCCCGCCACGCUGGGCCUUGCCUGGGGAGUGGCGAGGAAACCAACGAGGUCGGCGUGUCGGCCCAAGCCGACGGGGCGGAAUUGCUUUGUGGGACGUGCUGAAGGCCACUGGCUCCUUUGGGAGACGUUAAUUCAAAUAUUCACUCCGAGAACGUUUACUGAGUCUCUAUGUACCCUUCUCGGCGCUAGGCUUUGAGGGUUCGGCCCACUGUGCACCGAGCUCCCAAAGGAGGAUGCGGGAAGGUUAGGUCGACGGCGGAAGCUGCUCUUUGGCGUAAAUUGCAAUCGAUUAGGGAUCGUUUCUCAGACUCAAGUUAGAAGUGAGAGUUCAGAUAAGUGAGGCCGCCAUUCCUGCUUUGAACACCUCAAGGGGAGAAUGGAUUUAUCAGGAGUGAAAAAGAAGAGCUUGCUAGGAGUCAAAGAAAAUAAUAAAAAGUCCAGCACUAGGGCUCCUUCUCCUACCAAACGCAAGGACCGCUCUGAUGAGAAGUCCAAGGAUCGCUCUAAAGACAAAGGGACCACCAAGGAGUCAAGCGAGAAGGACCGUGGCAGGGAUAAGACUCGGAAGAGGCGCAGUGCUUCCAGUGGAAGCAGUAGUACCAGGUCUCGGUCCAGUUCCACCUCCAGCUCAGGAUCCAGUACCAGCACAGGCUCAAGUAGUGGCUCCAGCUCUUCCUCUGCAUCCAGCCGCUCGGGAAGCUCCAGUACAUCCCGCAGCUCCAGUUCCAGCAGUUCCUCUGGAUCUCCCAGCCCUUCUCGGCGCAGACACGACAACAGGCGGCGCUCCCGCUCCAAAUCUAAGCCACCUAAAAGAGAUGAAAAGGAAAGGAAAAGGCGGAGCCCUUCCCCUAAACCUACCAAAGUGCAUAUUGGAAGACUCACCAGGAAUGUGACCAAGGAUCACAUCAUGGAGAUAUUUUCUACCUAUGGAAAAAUUAAAAUGAUUGACAUGCCUGUGGAAAGGAUGCAUCCUCAUCUAUCCAAAGGCUAUGCAUAUGUGGAGUUUGAGAAUCCAGAUGAAGCUGAGAAGGCACUGAAGCACAUGGAUGGAGGACAAAUUGAUGGCCAGGAGAUUACUGCUACUGCUGUGUUGGCCCCCUGGCCUAGGCCACCCCCCAGGCGAUUCAGCCCUCCCAGGAGAAUGCUGCCGCCACCUCCCAUGUGGCGUAGGUCACCCCCACGGAUGAGGAGGAGGUCACGCUCUCCAAGACGCAGGUCCCCCAUGCGCAGGCGGUCCCGCUCUCCAGGCCGCCGCCGCCACAGAAGCCGCUCCAGUUCAAAUUCCUCGCGAUAAAUAGGGCCACCGAAGCUCAUCUAUACCUUAUAUUCCACCCAGCUCAGUUGUGUCACUUUUCUAGCUGAAGGAGGGUCAGCAGAAAAGACUCCCUCAUUUGGCAGGCUUCAAAAGCAGCAGUUGAGGCCUUUCCUCUGCAGGCAGAUUCUGACUGCAGAAGUGCUCAUGGUUCAGGGCUAUGUCCAUUGAGGGGCCCUGCAGUUUUCUGGCUAGAGAGCUCACCCAUUCCUGUUCCUAAGUCUGUUCAGUGGCACAGCCAGCAGGGAUCAGCAAGUUUCCAGGUGGCAGUGUGGCUCAGCUUUUUCAGAGAUGACCUGAGCUAGUCUGGCAAACCUGGUUAGUGCCCUUGCUGAUGCUGUGCUAUGUCUGCAGGGGACCAACCUGCCAUUCCUGUUAGGCCUGGCCUCCCCCACACACACUUGAAUUCUCUUCCAACCUCUAGGGUUGUCCUCCCACCUGUUAAUUGCUGUACAUGGUUCUGGCUUUCCAUCUCGUCUCCACCCCUCUGCCCCACAUAUCCCUUACUCUCAAAUUGGUGAGCAAGUUGAGAGCCAGCUCUGCAAGGUCAUUACAGAGCCCCCUGUUCUGACUGCCAUUGGUGGUGGUCUUGCAGGAUACCUUGGCAACGUGUAUAUUGCUUUUUUUUUUUUUCCCCCUCAUUGUACAGUCAGUACUAUAAAAUUUGUUUUUGAGUUUUGUAACUUUGUAGCAUUUUAGAUAAGGUUGUGUUUGUACUUUGUUGUGUAGAGUGAUGAAAACGAAUUGAAUAAACCUAGGAUUAGAAUGCAGAUUGAA